AUGAAGACCUUUCUGCUUCCUGGUCUCUUCCUCUGGGUCCUGUUCUACGCCCUCUCUGCGUUUCCAUCGCCUCGGAGAUUCGGGGAAAAUAAAUGCAGCAACAUCUGCCCGACGAUCUUCGACGAAGUGUGCGCGUCCAAUGGGAGGACGUAUCCGAACGAAUGCGAAAUGCGGACUGUGGCCUGCGAAACCGGCCAGAGGCUGAUCAUCCGGAAUCGCGGACCUUGCAUCGGGGGCAACGCUUCGUGCGAUGGGAUCUGUACCUUGGAAGACGCUCCAGUCUGCGGGUCGGACGACGAAACGUACCCGAACCCGUGUGCCUUCCAAGUGGCUCGAUGUAAGAACCCCGAUCUUCGACUCCUUCAUCACGUAGAGGACUCUGACAAUAAAGAUAUCAUCGUGUCUCUGAAGCACCUCGGUCGCUCGAUUCGCGUCGAUCGAAGAUCGGAAGACGAAGCGGAUGGGAUCACAAGACAGUGCUCGCUUUCGCAUCUGCGCGUCUGCGAGAACGAAUUUCGCUGGUGUCUCCAGUCCGGAGGGAACGGAGGCGAAGCUCUUGCGACGUCGGAGGAUGCAGCUCGGAGCGUAAUCCAUUUCGGCACCCCGGUCGGCAGAGCUCGUUCGUUGCGUGCCGAUACGGCGCGAUACGAAACAACUGAUUUCCGUCACUCAUACGGCCGACCCCACGUGCCGUGGAUGACGGGUAGGGAAUAUCGGGCCGUCCGGCUGACAGCGGCGCAUGCUCAUCGAAACCUCUUCCUGCAUCCCAUGAUGCCCCUCGCGGAGUGUUCACGCGACUUGCAGGUUGGCUACAAACUUACUGAUUUCGCCUUCCUCAAAACUUAA